CUAAGAGCUUCUGAGUUUCAAUUUUCUAAAACUCUGGAGUGUUCCUCAAGGACACCAGGGGAAUAGGAUUAGGAAGGGUGCAGCUGAAGAUUUUACUGCCAGCCUGAAUGCACAGGUGGAGCCUUUGGAAGGAAGUGAGGAGGUUCAUUUUCCCAGGACAGAUUGCCACUGACAAUUUCUCAACAGACAGGACGUCUCCACAUGACUUCUCAGGCCACUUUUGAUGCUCCACAGUAGAAGAGGCAUCUGCGUACCUGAGAAUUAAGGUUGCUUGGCCCAACAGAGAAGAAAAGAAAUAUACUUUUUAUUUAUUCCCCCAAAUUUACUGUGUAUCAUUGUGAUCUCGUAUUUGUAAAUCCGGACGUUCACGUUUGGAGGAGUGUGGGAGCUCCAUGUGUGCCAGGACCACUGCCUCCACAUGAUGGCAGUAGAGAGUGCACUUUCGAAGCUAUCACUGCGGGGGAGCUGUAAAUAUUCUGGUCUUUGCAACAAGAUUUCAUGGUUUAUAUCAGAGGACUUUGGUGUUGACUGUUCAAACGUAAUCUCAGUAGGACAGAGAGUGAAACGUGCUGCUCCCUCCACUCAUUCUUCAGUUUAAGGCCUCUCAUGUUUUAUGUGUACUCUUCUACCGUAUGAUGGAUUGUCAGACAGCUGCUGUUUGAUCUUACAUGGCUGUAUUUUGGGGGUGAGUGAAAAUUUCUCUGCACAUCCUAACCGCCCUGUUGUGUUUUCUGGUUUUCCCCAUCAUAUCAUGAGUUCUUUUACCAUAUGGUAAUGGUGAUAUUACUGACAGGACAAACUAUGGUGAGAAUCUUCACAUAAGCAAUCGGUGAUCUAUUCAUAGAAAUUUGGAGCAGCCUGAUCUCCAGCUCCUGGAGGUGUCUUCUGCUGAUAGCAGGCUUCGUGAUGAGAACAAGAUGCUUGCUUCUCUUUCCUUUCAGAGGGAAAUGUACCAGUUUAGUUAUGAGAAUUGGCUGGGAGAAACAAGUCACUUCUUUUAUUAUUGUUAUUCUUUAAUUUGAGCGAUAUGGUUAUUAACUGCAGCCAGCCCCCUCCAUCUAAUUGUGCUGCUGUUGUGUCUGUCCCAGGGCAGCAUCCCCUGCCUAGCAUCAGCUCAUUUCUGCAUUAACUCUUCAGUAAGAGAGCUCACAGCCCGAAUAAGAGAAUUCCCAGAGACAAAAGCUCUAAUAAGCAAAGGCAAUUGAAAUGAUUCAUGGAAAAAUUGCCAAAAUCAGAUGGUUUCCCAGGCCACUGAGCCCCUCACCCACCCAUCUCCCAUUCCCCUCCCCUUCCACCAGCCUUCCCUCCCCCACUCUGAGCCACGCAUCUCAGAGAAAAGGCUCUGCCUUGCACAGCCUGUGUGACAGCAGGAGGGAGAGGGAGCUGGAGAUACCGAGGAAGAGGAAGCCGUGCACAGGGUUGGGAAGUACUGCAUGCUGUCUUCCGACACUGCAUCCGAGCCUGGAGGAGAGGGAACCUACUGCUUGCAGGAGCACCUUCUCUCGGCUGUUCCUUGGCAUCUGCAGCAGGUGCCUGGAGUCUAAAGAGGGCAGAAUGGGAUGAGAAACACCACUGGCAAUUCUGAUCACGGUCCUUGUGAUGAAAACAACUGGGUGUCCAGGUGGCCGAAAUGCAGCAGCAAAAGAUGAAUAACCCGAGAGGAAAACCAGCAAAAGCAAAACCUGGGCUUCAGAAUCCCUGACUCUGGAAUCAGAUCCAUGUGUGUGGGCUGCUGAUCUGCCAUCUGACGGCUUCUUGCAAAGACCCUGAGGGUUUUGGUUGUUUUUUCCUUUCUGCUGUGAAUCUUCCGGCUAAUGUGGAGCGGCUUGAAAAUAUCUCUCCAGUAGUUUGACAGGACCUAGUGUUUUCUGCACUGAAUUCCGAGCAUGUGAAGGGACAAGGCAUGUCUGUAGCCAGAAUCCUGAGGCUCCCCGGGAAACGGAUUCUGUGAGGCGAAAGGUUAAAGUGGGAUCAUGGGAGGGAAGCAGGUCAAAUGUCUUACAUCACCUAGUCCUACCCACAGUGUGAAGAGCGAGUCCACUGUAGCCCCAUCAGAGGAGAAGGAAAGACUUGUGAUCAUCCACACUGAAGAAACAGAAACUAAAACAGAAGAGACAGAAUCUCAUUUCCAGCCUGAGUGGCAAGCUGGGAACCCUGGGUCAUAUUUGGAGAAUUCAUGGGAGGAGCAGCUUUUGGAACAACAGGACCAUUUGGAAAAGGAAAUGGAGGAAGCAAAGAAGAUGAUUUCAGGCUUGCAGGCUUUGCUGCUCAAUGGGUCUUUACCUGAGGAUGAGCAGGAAGGGUCCUUUGAACUUUGCGAACGUGGAGCCUGCCCUGAAGAGCAGCUGAUCAUAAUCCGAAGUCGCCUGGACCAGAGCAUGGAAGAAAACCAAGACUUAAAGAAGGAGCUACUGAAAUACAAACAAGAAGCUCGAAACCUGCAGGGAAUAAAGGAUGCUUUACAGCAAAGGCUGAUUCAACAGGAUGCGUCAGUUCUUCAGCUAAAGCAGGAACUGCUGAGAGCAAACAUGGACAAGGAGGAAUUGCACAACCAGAACGUUGACCUUCAGAGGAAGGUUGACGAGAGAAACCGGCUGCUGGCAGAAUACAAGAAAGAACUGUGCCAGAAGGACCGGCAUUUACAGCAGCAUCAGACCAAACUGGAUGAAAUGCUUAGGCAGCUUUCUGAGGCCAACUACCAGCAGGUGGAUUUGGAGAGGGAGCUGGAGCACAAAGAGGCCCUGCUAGUUCACUGCAUGAAGAGAGAGGCUGAAGAGGUGAUGGCUUGCAGUGGUCACGGUGCUCAGAGCAAUGGCUUCCUCCAGACAGCAGGGAAAGGAGCUGCUCCUACAACACACCGAGGGACAAAUGACUUGCAACUGGUUCGUGAUGCUCUUCGCAGCCUCAGGAACAGUUUCAGUGGCCACGAUCCACAGCAUCACACGAUUGACAGCCUGGAGCAAGGCAUCUCCAGCCUAAUGGAACGCCUGUACCAUGUGGAAACACAGAAGAGGCAAGAGAGAAGGACCCGGGGGAAAUCACCAGGAAGCCGAGCAACAAAUGAGUGUAGAGACUCCUGGCCUCCCAAAUCCAAACUGCCUCAUUCUCACAGCACACCCGUGAUGAGCACCAGUGCCUGCACCAAAGUGUUAUACUUCACUGACCGCUCCCUCACACCUUUCAUGGUCAACAUACCAAAGAGGUUAGGGGAAGUGACUCUGAAGGAUUUUAAAGUAGCUAUUGAUCGUGAAGGAACUCACCGGUACCAUUUCAAAGCCCUGGAUCCAGAGUUUGGCACAGUCAAGGAGGAGGUAUUCCAUGAUGAUGACAUCAUUCCUGGUUGGGAGGGGAAAAUUGUGGCCUGGGUGGAAGAAGACCAUGGAGAGAAUUAAUCAAGCUUUUAAGUCUUGUCACUAUGGAAACCUGUAACUAGCUGCUGAACUCAAAGAAUGGCCAACAGCCUGUGUGCUGGAAAGAGUCCAAAUCAAGCUGCCAAAAAAAGAGAGCUUCUCAGCAAACAAAAAGCAAUGCAUGCUGUGUGCAUGGACACCCAGCAUCUGACUUUCAGUGCCCAAACGCAGCGUUCUGAGACUUAAAUGACAGGUCCAUGGGAAAGAAACACCUUGCUUUGUCUUGUCAACUAAACCCUGAAGGCCUUAAUGAUGCAUUGCUCCCUUCCUCUGCUUCUCCAUUCCUGCAGUACGUGCUGCAGACUGUGAUCAGAGCAUUACAAGUCUGUUUCUUGUACAUGUGAUUACACAGAUCUGCACCAAUGGCAAAAAAUGUGAACCUUUGCCUUUGAGAGUCAGACGCAGCCUCUAGAUUACACGAGCUGAAGGUUUUACCAACUUUGGUUCUAGAUAUGCAUGUGCUGCAGGAGCAGACUGAACUUCCUGGACAUUCUGGACAUAACAGUAUAGAAAAGUGAUCUCAGGAGGGAAGAGAGUCUUCAGGAGGUUUUACGCAAGGUCUAAAGCAAAGAUCACCAGCUUGGCAAAUCUCUCUCCCAAACUCAGGCUUCCGUUUCUUAGCCCUGCUUCUCCCACGUGCUCUCCAAAGCUGUACCCACCUCUGAGGCAUCCUGGGUUUGUUUUGUCUCCAUGGGGACUGUGGGAUCUUGAUGCUUGCUUAUUUGCUGAAGGAUUUAGUUUGUGGGGGAGCUGGAAUCGGCUGCUUCCCCAAGGUACUCCAGCCCCUCUCCUUGUUGAGCCUCUUUCUCUCUGCUUUCCUGCCCUCUCCUCUUUCAGCAAGGCAGACAGUUUGUGCACAGGUAUCACUGUGUGCUGCUGUAUACUCAUUGCCAGAGCCACCAAAUACUUACCCACACCAGCAGGAUAAACCCCAUCGCUUACCCCACCAGUUCCCUGGUAUGCCUGCUCCUGCGGUGCCUGAAUGAUCAGAAAAUAAAUGACUACUGGGGGAAGGACAAGCCCUAAAAUCCCUGAGGAUGGGUUUUUUUGGUUUUGUGGGGGUUGGUUUUGUUUGCUCUGACCCUCUGCUGGCAGUCAGUUGAAUUUCCAGAGUGCUGGCUGCAAUGUACCACAGACACUGUUGACUUACAGCAAGUCAAGGCUCUGCUCAUUCUCGGUACAUGUGGCCCUUCCGUGGCCUACCUGUGUGUCUGUGCUGCGCAUGAGUCUGGGAGAAGCUGAUCCUGGUUUUAUAUUAACGUGUCCUUUUGUAAACAUGUUCCUGUUCUUGGAAUUAUUUUGUACCAGUUUACAUUUGUCUGAGGACUGUGGAUAUUUUUAUACUAGUGCAAGUGCGUUCUGUAUAUUUCUGCACGCAUUAUACUGUGUUUUGCUCAUUUU